GUGAGCGAGAAUGCGGGUACCCUGGAUCGGGAGCAGGCUCCUGGGUGAAAUUCAGCCGCAAUGAUGCCGCCGCCACUCAGGGAACGAACGCGACAUACUACUGUGACGUCGGCUUGGAGUUGUUCGGAGCUAGGACCCGGAAUUGUCUGCCGGACGGAACGUGGUCCGACCACGAACCGUUAUGUGCGCUAAGCAUCGCGUCGAAUCUUCCGGCGAGCCAGUCGAGUUCGAUGACAGAUGGCAGGGCGAUCGCUAGCUGGGGAAACGACGACAUCGCCGUGUUUGCCGACGGCGUGGCGUCGUGCACACAGACCCUGCCCGAGGCGCAGCCCUGGUGGAUGGUAGACCUGCUUGACCACCACGACGUCGUCGUCGUCAGCGUCGCAAACCGCAGGGACGAGGCCGGUGGCCGCACUACGAGAUCUGGAGAUCCGAGUCGGAAACAGCACGAAUGUGAAACAGAACACCUCUGUGGGACACAUCCGCGCACCAGUCGUCGCGGUGCGGUGAUCGACUUCGGUGUGACACCGGCUAUCAGGGGCGGCUACGUGAGCAUCCAGAUUAUACCGGGGCCGUCGGCACCGCGACAGAACAUUCUCAGCUUAUUGGCGCAGGAGCAGCACUGCCCCUUCUCCAACUACACGCUACCGAUGAGCAGCGUUUUUCGCGACCGCUGCUUCCGGUUCUUCCGGGCGACGCGCGACGGAUGCACGUACGACGAGGCGCGGCAGCACUGUCGCGAGAAGGGAGGUGACCUGGCAGUCGUCCGCGACCUGCGCACGCAGGAGUACGUCGCCGCGCAGCUGACGGCACUGCAGCGCGUCGGCCAGGCUGCCGACCGUUACUACGUCGGCUUGCGACGCGACGGCAUGGUUUAA